CAGCUAAAUACUUUGAGGUAAAAACGUGAUCUUCAGUAUAGUUAGCUGUUAUGUCGGUCAGCUAUAUUCUCGGUGGGUUUGCCACAUUCGCCAAACUCCGAUCGAGCCAGGAUGACGACUGGGUCGACAGAAUGAAUCACGUGUACACGGUCGCCCUGUUGGCGCUCUUCGCUGUCUUCGUCAGCGGUGGACAGUUCUUCGGAAACCCCAUCGAGUGUUGGUGCCCUGCGCACUUCACGCCUUCAAUGGUGGCCUUCACCAAGUCCAUCUGCUGGGUGAACGGCACGUACUUCAUCCCCAUGCAAGAAGGCAUUCCAAGUGAACACGAACUGCGAGAGAGAGAGCAGCUGCCCUACUACCAGUGGGUCCCGGUGAUGUUACUGUUCAUGGCUUUUCUCUUCAAAUUCCCCGCCGUCAUAUGGCGUCUCCUCAGCACGAACUCUGGAAUCAGUUUGGAGAAGAUCAUCAACAUUGUUACCGAGCAGCAGAUGAGUUCUCCGGAGAAGAGGGAGGAAAUUACAAAACACAUAGCCCAGUACAUCGACCGAUGGCUGGAGGUGAACCGGCAGUAUCACUGGAAUUGUUUUGUGCGAAUGCGUCAGCGUCUGUCCAAGUGUUGUUGUAUUUUGUUUCAGAAACGUGCUGGGACGUACCUCACCGGGCUGUACAUUCUCGUCAAACUCCUUUACGUGGCGAACGUGAUCAGCCAGUUCUUCCUGCUGGACGCGUUCCUUGGGGGCUGGUACAGUAUGUACGGUUUCGAGACCCUCGCCAGCCUCUCGGCAGAGCACCAGUGGGAGGAGUCGAGGCGCUUCCCCAAGGUGACGCUGUGCGACUUCGACAUCCGGCAGUUGAACAACGUCCAGCGACAGACUGUGCAGUGCGUGCUGCCGUACAACCUGUUCAACGAGAAGAUCUUCAUAUUCCUCUGGUUCUGGUUCCUGCUCGUCGCCACGGUGACGUUCUACAACCUGCUCGUGUGGCUGUGGCUGGCGCUGAUGCAGAACAACCGCGGCCGGUUCGUGAAGAAGCACCUCAAGGAGGUGGACGCCCUGCACGGGGAGGUGGACAAGAAGCUGGCCAAGCGCUUCGCCGACCAGUAUCUCCGUGAUGACGGUAUCUUCGUCCUGCGACUCAUCGUGAAGAACUCGAGCGAGAUCCUCUUCUCGGACGUGAUGCGGCUCCUGUGGCUCAUCUACAAGAACAAGCACAACAACAUCCAGGAUGAGAGCAUGCUGCUCACGCGCAUGAAGAAGUAAAUAGAGCUGGGCGGUAUCUCCCGUAUACACCGUUCAGUAUCUACCGUGUAUACUGUUUGGUAUCUACCAUAUAUACCAUUCAGUUUCUACCUUAUAUGCCAUUCAGUAUCUACCCUAUAUACCAUUCAGUAUUUACCGUAUAUACCAUUCGGUAUCUUCCAUAUAUACCGUUCAGAAUCUACCGUAUAUACUUUUCAGUAUCUACCGUAUAUACCAUUCAGUAUUUACCGUAAAUACCAUUCGGUAUUUUCCAUAUAUACCAUUCAGUAUCUACCGUAUAUACCGUUCAGUAUCUACCGUAUAUACCAUUUGAUAUCUACCAUAUAUACCGUUUGGUAUAUACCAUUCGGUAUUUUCUGUAUAUACCAUUCAGUAUCUACCGUAUAUACCAUUGGGUAUCUACUGUAUAUACCAUUCAGUACCAAUUUACUGUAUCGAGCAAAUCUCAAAAUACCGAAAUUUUGCUAUUGAAAAAUGUUUUACGCCAUUUAGUAAAGCACUAACAAUAUAUCCGACUAACACAAAAUAGCUGAAAAGAAGAGAGAGAUGAGGGUCUUGUGUAUGGAAGUUAAUUUUAUUCAGAUGAAAUUAGCGGCUGAGACUUAACUCGAGCAUUCAUUUAGAGCCGAGUAUACCGAAAAUACAGACCGAUAUCGGUAUUGUAGCAAUACCGAAUACCGUAUCGAUAUCGAGGUAAAUCCAAAAAUACUGAUACUGGUACUGCACCUGAAAAUUCAAUACCUCCCAGCUGUAGAAAUAAAUGUCUACAGUACGUGAACCAACGACAAAGUCAACUAUAGUCCGUCCCAUCGUGCUACAGAAAUCUUUUUUUUGUGUAAAUAAUUUCAGUUUGGUUUGACAUAAGAAGAAAAGUAAAAGUUUUUUUGAAAUAACAUUUUCUUUUACUAUUUUUGUGUCUAAUUUAAAAAAGAAAUCGGUUGAGGUAUAAAUAACGUGUUGUCAAUUCCAUAGCGUGAAAAAAGGCAUUCCGUGUGGGAUGGACUUUAGAUUUGUCGAUAGCUGUGGUUAUCUGAGUGAAUCUUGUAACAGAGCUUGAAAUUUACGACGACGCCAACGGCAAUUGCUGUCGUUGCAAUAUGAAUUGCUGUAGGUCAGAGACUACUGAUGGCAGGUUUUGUUUUUUUAUGCUGCUGCUGGAUAAAUAUUAUUGCUGUAAUUUUUGUUUUUUAUACAUAUGUAUUUGUUGCAAAGGUUACUGGUUUAAAAGUGCUGUAGGCUGACUCAAAAUUGAUGUGUGUGAGUUAUUUUGCCUGUGACAGAAACAUUUUAAAAUUGCCAUAGAUAAUAGAUUCUAAAGUUUGAAUGCUGACGUAACCUGUGUGAAGUUUUGAGGAUGUUCCUUAUGUUUUUCACUCGGACUGUCCUGAUUUUACUGCCUUUGUAACAUGUGUUUAACCAAUAGGGCCCUUUAUUAUUGCGAACAUUAAAUACUUGUUUAAAAAUACAGGCCUCUGGGAUUUACAAAUUUGUGUAAUCCGUUUAUCAGUUAUUCAAAAACAGUUUCAGGUAUCCCAUUUCCUUUUUGUGUUAUAUCCACAUACAUGUAGGUGACGUCCUUAAUUUAACGAGCAAACCAAAAAUAAGUUCUGCAAAAUUAGAUCUGUGUGAGUGAUGCGCAAAUGAAAUGAUUGCUCUCGCAAUUUCCUGAGCCCUGGGAUACCUGUGUCGGUGCAGUCAAACCUGUCUUAAACGACCAAUCAUGAGAGUUGGCAAAAGUGGCUACUUAGAACAGGUGGCCGCUGAUUAAAUGUCGUUACUUUUAGUUUCUUAACAUGUGCUUUAUUUGUUACUGUCUGUACUGCUAAUUAAUGAAUGUGCACAUUCUAUAGUUUACUGUCGGUUUUUUAAAUUUUAAUUUUGUGUUUAUUUGUUACAAAAGAUACUGCUUUGAAAUUGUUAUAGGCAGACUCAUUUUGUGCAUGCAUAGUUCAGGCAAAUCUAAUUUUGCAGAAGUGUUUGACAGCACACUUUCUUAACCAUUGUUGUGGCCAGGGUUACCUGAAUUUAUUUUGAAUUAACCAUCAGAGGCCUGCUUCCAAAUCCACAAUAAGUUCAAGCCUUGUACAUUAGGAAAUGUACUAAAGUUCAGGGCACAAUAUUUCAAGAGAACCGUUGUUCUGUUCGCAUGUCGGUUGCACAACUUUAAAAUCACGAGAACCGCCAAUCAGGUUACGUGGUGAACAAUUAUAUUCUAAAAUGUACCAUAUUAUAGUAAUGAAAGUGAAAAUCAGUUUGUUUUUGAACGCCAAUGUAGCAGAGAAGAUUCUGUAGUUCAAGUGUUUUAGGAUUAGGUAGGCCUAACUCAUCGGUUACGAGAACUAUAUUCACUUAACCGAACAAUCGGUUACCUAAGUAAACAUCAUGUGAACUGACUUCCGGUUACCUUAGAUUUUGAAAUAUUGUCCCCUGAAGUGUGAGCUACUAUAAACAUUAGGACCGGGAAAAGCACAUAGAUAUUGAUAGUCUGAACGUGGACAGUGUGUUUAACCAGGGCUCGAAACGGCCUGUGGCCAGGUCGCCAAGUGCGACCAGUGUACUGUUUGGGCGACUUGAAUAUUAAAAAGAUAAUGGCAUUAGUUGCCCAAAUAAUACUAUUAUUUGAGCGAUUUACUUUAGAUCUAUAACAUAUGAGUCACUAUUAAUAUUUGUAUCUAUUUAUUCCACAUUAAAAUCUUGCUCGUGGUUUGUGGUUCUCUUACAAUAAUUUGCCAACAUCCAUUAUUUUUUGGGUCAUGAUCCACCAUAUUUUUGGCGAGUUUCGAGCCCUGAUUUAACAUGUAAUUUUAUUGUUAGAGGAGCUCAGUUAGUUAAUAAUUUUUAUAAACACAGAGUUGGUAUAUCAGAUCUAUUGAUGGGGUAGUGUUUAGUGUUAAUGCAGGCCUUGGCAUUUCAAUUUAAUGGGAAACAUGUUUUCCGGCUCCAUGCCCUGUAAUUAUCACGACCCAUCGGAAACUGUUUUGGAAACAUCUUAAGGAAUGCUGGGAAUGGUAGAUUGCAUGUUACCAUGACAACAGGGAGCAGACUUUUGGUUGUGGUAUUUUGCCAACACAACUGGAAAUGAUUGUUACUGUGAAAUCCAAAGGCCUUUAAUGUUGGAGUCCAUUUAAUGUUUAUUAAAUUUGCAAAAGAUAAUACAUUUUUUUUAAAUGUCUUUGUUUUAGGUAAAACAUUUUACAACAUUAUGCUUGAAGAUCCUGUUGACUGGCUUUUAAUUUAACUAGAUUAACUUGUUAUGAUUGAUAUUUUAACAUGGUAUGUAUGGAGCUGCUUACAAAGGUACUUGUGUUGUGCAAAUGAUUUAUAGACAUGAGAUCAGAAUGACAAAUUGUAAUAUUUAUUAUCAAUAUGUUAAUAUUAUAUUAUAUGGACAAUGUUAACUCCUUGGAGCAAGGAAACUAUCUGACGCAUAGUUUUCUCUAAAUAUUUAGCAUAUUAUGAAUCAUUUAUGGUUUAUUUUUCUAGAUAGUUUGUUAACAUUAUAAGCAUUUAGUUUAUUGUGUUUUACUUAGUUCCAUUUUUAAUUUGUUGUCAUUUAAAUAGUUUUGAGUUGGGAUGUAGCCCAGUGGUAAAGCGCUCGCUUGAUGUGCGGUCAGUUUGGGAUCGAUCCCCGUCGGUGGGCCCAUUGGGCUAUUUC